AUGGAUUUCUGGAAAGAGGUAGUGGCGCCCGAUUCAGUCCCUACGCAAAAACCCGAGAAAUUGAGAUACAAUGCAGCCCGGCUCACGGGCUCGGCACUAGUCCAAGAAUUCUAUGUGAUGAUUCAGGAAGGGCUCGAAUACUCCUAUUUAACGAAUGGUUUGGCGGUAGUUCUGCUGCGAGUCCCGUACAAUGACCCGACUACUUUAUACUACUACCUCUGCGAACCCAACAUAGAAGUGAACCCCGAGGAUGAUCAGAGCUUUCGGCAGCCGGUAACAAGUAUUGCCCGUGUACUGUACCUCUGUCUCAUGAGCUUUGGUUUGAGGUUACAUGCAGAGUUACGACAGGUCCCUCCAGAUGCACAAUAUACUCCGUCGGUAUAUACAAGUUCCGACCGUACCAUUUCAGAGUUUGUACCGUCUUCACCUACUGAAUCCCCCACAGAGGGGCGUCGACCGCCAACUCGGUCUCGGACACAGUGUGCACCUUUAGAUCUAAUCUUUCGCAAUGACCCUUCCGAUUCUGAUGAGGGUCUAGCGCUCAGGGGGCAGAAGCGUCGUUUCAGUCGGGUCACCUCGUCUCCGUUAUCCCCAUCUGUGCAACGGUCGGCACGCCAGACAGGCUCCGAAUAUAUUCCGAGCGACCAAAAACAAUACCAUAAGGCACAGUUUUAUGAGCACUGCUCGAAUGUAACACUUUACCGCAAGGGGGGAAGCGGCAGUCGACAUCUCAUCAAAGCCGAGACAUUGGUUCAAUUGAUUAUACAGCAGCUGGAUAAGAAUAUUGACGAUUGUACACCAAUGGGGGGGUGUGGAGCAUCGGGGGCGCCGUUCAAGAUCACCUGCGCAGAAUAUGGCUACACUAUCGUCGGCAAAGGAACUACUUCUUAUCUCUGGGACGAGGUAUCACGGGAAGCAGACAUCUAUCGUAUCCUUUCGCGAGUGCAGGGCUUGGUGGUUCCGGUAUUUCUCGGAGCGAUCGACUUGGCUAAAAUUUAUUUUCUGCAUGGAGCCGGAGAGAUUCGACACAUGCUACUUAUGGCGUGGGCAGGAAAGCCGAUCAGUAAAGUUGAAGCAACGAGCCCUGAGAUCUCUAGCUCGAUCUCGAGAUCUAUAAAGGAGAUUCGCUCAUUGGGAAUAUCACAUCAGGACCUUCGGCUGGAGAAUUUUCUGUGGAACGACGAACUACACCGGGCUCUGAUUAUUGACUUCCAUUGUUCGGUGUUGGACCGUCAACUGAUCAAUAAGCGGAUGAAGCUACAUAGGAAGAUCUCAUACGGAGCAGAUACACGUAAGCGAAAGCGACCUCGUCUAUUCUGA